AGUGGCAACCGACGUGGAGAAGGGUGGGUCAGCAGCAUCCUCGUCGUCGGAGGUACCGCCGUACGCAGCAGAGAGAAGAUCCAUUGCCAGUCGGGGCUUUGAGUACCCUCUGUCCAAGACUGCGGGGUGUUCAGCAAGCUGGUUGCAGGCUUGCAGCAGCCAAGCCAACAGCAGUGCACUGCAACCUGCUGCAGCAGCCACAGACAAUGUUUUUUUUUCACCUCCAUCAAUUUAAAUUAGGGAAAACUGCAAAAACCCACUUGCAAGUUUGGGGUGUUUUCAAAUACCCACUUACAACUUUUAUUCUGUCAAACUCCCCCCUACAAAUUAGGGAGGUCCUCAAUCUGUAAUUAAUGGCUCAAUUCACAGACUUUGGGCUUGGCUGAUUAGCGGCUCUCACACGAGCGAUGAGCGGCUCCUCCCAGCACCGCCAGCACACGAGCCGCUCACCAGCUCCCAGCACCUCUCGGGCACCUCACACGAGCGAUGAGUGGCUCCCAGCACCGCCAGCGGUCCUCGGCGCUGGCUCCCCGGCGGCGACAUCGGAUCGGGCCCUGGGAUCCCGUUGCACAGGCGAGCCCCCGACGCUGGCGCGAGCGGUCCUCAGAUCGGGCCCCGGGAUCUCGCCGAUGUCCUGUAAUGGAGCCGCAGCCCAUCGGCUCGAACAGGCAGAAGGUUCGUUUUCCUCGCUUUUACCCUUGUCGAUUCAUUUUGUUCUCCCUUGCUGUUUAACUCGUUGUCCCUAACCCUAAACCCUUGACGACGACGACCACCGUGCGCAAUGGCUGCUGCUGGCUCUGAGGACGACGACAAUCUGUCCUCUCCUAGACCACAGAUCCUUUGUAUGGAAUUUCAAGUGCAUGUUGGAGUGAAAUUUGAUGGUAGCAUAGAUGGUUAUUCUGGUGGAAGGGUUGGUUACAUGAGAUUUAUGGAACCACAAGGGGUUGAUUGGUUUGUAAUGCAGGAAAAUCUUGUGUAUCAUGGUUACGAAGGAAAUACCACCUUGUACUAUUUGAAACCUGGUCAUACGGCACCAAAAGGCCUUGUUUUGAUGGAUAGUGCAGAACAUGUACAACAACUGAUGAAGGAUCAUGAGGGCCUAAAGGUGUGCAAAUUGUUCAUUUUGAAACCUCCUAGAAUGUCAAAGACAGAUGGUAGGAAAAAUAUCAAUCGCAAUGAAGGAUAUUCAUGGGAAGAAGGUGAAGAAGGUGAAGAAGGAUAUGCAUGGGAAGGUGAAGAAGGUGAUGUAUGGGAAGAAGAUGAAGAGUAUGACGCAUGGGAAACUGAUGAAGGGGAUGAAGAAUUGUAUGUGGUCAAGAAUAACAAUGACUUGGAACAAAUUCAAAAAGAGCCUGCAGGACAGUUGAUAAAUGAAAUUGAUAAUGCAAGGUUUUAUUUGUCAAAUGAGGUAAAUGAAGGUGGUCACAGUCCCGUAAAUUCUGAUGAUGAGGGUAUAUAUGUGCAUAGGUCUCUCGGGGUAGAUUAUGUGAGGUUUGACGAUGCUACCAUGAGACACCCAAUUAUGGACGUUGGAACAGUUUUUACCGAUGUGAAGCAGUUCAGAUCGGCACUAAAGAAUUUGAUCAUUUGUGAGGGUAGAGAAGUUAUGAGGCCUAAGAAUGAUCCUGUGCAAGUUUCAGCAAAGUGCAAAACUGUAGACUGUCCUUGGUAUAUCUAUGCCUCCAGACUUCCAGAUGGUCGUUCCUUCAAGAUCAAGAAAUAUGUAAAAGACCACACUUGUGGGAAAAGUCACACAGUGAAGCAAAUGGAUGCUAAAUGGAUUGGCAUAGAAUAUGAGCAUUUUUUUAGAAGCGAGAAAGAUUGGCGAGUUAAGUCACUUAGGGACACUGUCCUUAGGGACACACAGGUGGGGAUCUCACUUACCAAAGCCUAUAGAGCGAAAAGAUAUGCAGUGCAGAAGAUUGGUGGUGACUACCAUGAACAAUAUAGGAGGAUACAAGAUUAUGCUCACACAGUGUUAUCUGCUAAUCCUGGAAGCUGCAUUGUGAUAAAAUGCUUUGUGGAUCCAGCACGAGCAAUAAAUCCUAGAUUUGAGAGGAUGUAUGUGUCCUUUGAUGCUCAAGUAAAAGGUUUCCUAGCUGGUUGUAGACCUUUCUUUGGGUUAGAUGGCACCCAUGUCAAACUGCCAAAUGGUGGACAAAUUUUAACAGCACAAGGAAGGGAUGCAAACAACAAUCUUUUUCCUAUAGCGUUUGCUUUGGUAGAGUCUGAAAAUGCUAAUUCAUGGACAUGGUUUCUGGAGUUGUUGGUGCAGGCCAUUGGGCAAGGAGAGCAUUGUGGUGGCUGGACUAUUAUGAGUGAUAGGCAAAAGGGUCUAAAAGAUGGUGUUAGGGCCAUUUUCCCACAUGCAGAGCACAGAUACUGUUUGAGGCACUUGUAUGCUAAUUUUUCAAAGGCUGGGUUCAAGAGUCCCCGACUGAAGGAGCUAAUGGAUAGGGCUGCAUAUGCGUACAAAGAGUUUGAUUUUAAACACGCCAUGGAUUAUAUUAAGAAAGAGAACACUAGAGCAUGGAGAUGGUUGUCUGACAUUGAUAGCAAGCACAGGUCAAGGCAUAGGUUUAGCCCCCAUGCUAAAACUGACUUGGUAGUUAAUAACAUUAGCGAGUCAUACAAUGCUUGGAUUUUGGAGGCGAGAGAAGAACCUGUUUGCACGAUGGUGGAGCACAUUAGGACUAAGUUGAUGGAGUCUAUUAAUAUCAAAAGAGAUGGUGCAGAGAAGGACACAUGGUUCAUAGCUCCAAAUUAUCAGAAAAAGCUUGAGUUUGAGAAAAAAAAAUGCUUCAUAUUGCAGGGCUGUCUGUGCUGGGCGUGGGAUAUGGCAAGUCACGAGUGGAGACAGUCAAUAUCUUGUUGAUCUCAACAAUCAGAAAUGUGGAUGCUAUAGGUGGGAUGUUACUGGAGUGCCAUGCUUACAUGCCGUGGCUGCUAUCCACGAGUUCAAACAUAAGCCAGAAAAUUAUAUGUCAUUAUUCUUCACUAGGGAGAAAUAUGUAGCCACAUAUGAGGGUAUGAUUAUGCCUGUGCCAGACAAAAGGCAAUGGUUAAGCACAGACUUGCCAGAUGUGGAUCCUCCAUUGUAUCAUGCCCAGCCUGGAAGACCAAAGAAAAAGCGAGUUAGAGCGAAAGGAGAACCUCAUGUUGAGGCAAGAGCCUCAAAAAGGGCUGCAGUGAAAUGCUCCAACUGCCACACUUAUGGUCACAAUGUUAAGGGAUGUGGAGUGCCACUUAGAGCUGAUUGGGAGCCUAGGAAGGGAGCUAAGUACACGAGGGCCUCAAUUGGUGUUCCUACUUCAUCUCAGCCAGACCCGCCGACAUUUGAAGGAGGAUCAAGAAUUAGGCCACAAAAGUUGUCACCGAUCAGGAAAAGGAAUGCUUGAAGUAUUAUGUGUCGUGUUGUUAGCUGAAUUUUAGGCCUCAAUUGGUGUUCCUAUUUCAUCUCACUACUGGAAUGCUUGCUGUUUUGGUGGUUUCAGUAAUUAGGCCACAAGGUGAACGCCUGCUAUGUUGAGAUGAAGUAGGAACGCCUGCUGUUUUGCUGUUUUGUUUGCCUAAGCUAGCUGCUUAAAUCAGCCAAACCCACCAACAUUUGAAGGACCUAGAAUUUGUUACUGCAAACUGUGUCUGUGUUUCACCUUGUUUUGUGAUUCUGAAAGACUGAAACCAUGUACAAAACUGUUUUGCACUUUGCUGUAAAGCAAUGCGUAAUGCACCUAUGAACCCUGUUGCUCUGCACA